AUGUCAGCAUGCAGAAAGCAAAGAAACGGAGGUACUCCCCGCUGCGGAUGGCGAAAGGAGCUUUAUUCCCCUAUAAAUGCUCUUACCCGCGAACAUUGUAAGAUGUCAAGAGCCUACGACUGUCCUCGGGCAAAACGGUGGAAAUGGCGAAGGAGGUCCUUGAAGCGACUUUUCGAGGAGUCAUCGACGGUCUCAUCUUCCUCAAGACGCCUGGCCAGUUCAUCGAGACCGACACCGCAAUUGACUCCUCAGCGGUUUCCUGAUUCGUUGAAAUCGCCCGUCUUCACGAGGCCGCAGGGUCGACUUCUUUUGGACCAAAAGAGUGACGAAAGAUGCUUUGGCCCGACGGCUCUGGAGUCACUAAUGCUCAACAUCAAGGAUGAGCUCUUGGAGAGUCCUGAUAUGGACAGACACACCGUGAAGGAAUGCGUGUUGCAGGCACAACGCAAGAUUGAUCUCCUAGUCAGCCAGGGAGAAGAGAUGCCCUUCGGGGAGAAGUCGCCCCCCACGACGCCUCCCUUUGCCAUUUUGGAUGCAAUGAUUGAGCCAUACUUUACAACAGUCAAUGAACAUUUUCCUAUCUGGACAAAGAAAGGGUUUACGCAAAUGGCUACUACCUUGCGACAAUCAACACCGGCCCAAAGGGACCUGGCUUCGAUCAUCUGCUGCAACAACCUCAUCCUCAUGGCCAUGUCGGCGGACUCCCUCAGCUCCCACCAGCGAGAGUCAAUGCAGCCCAAGCCAACGCGCAAGUCGUCGUCGAUCGACUUUGACCUCAUUGCGGGAUUUUUGACAAACGCGAAGCACGCGGUCAACAAUAUUGAUCAACUGGUCUCGCCGCACCUCAUCAAUGUGCAGGCACUCUUAUCUCUGCACAUAGUCGCGCAAAUUUACCUCUCGAUAAGUCUCUCUGAGACGCUAUUCGCUUUAGCCACCAGAUGUGCGAAGUCCAUCGGCAUUCAUCAGUGGCACUCCUUUCACGGGCAACUCAGCGAUGAAAACAUCCAGGACAGGCAAAAUAUUUCAUACUGUUUAUACGUUCUUGACAAGGCCGUUUGCUGGACGGCUGGAUCAUCUCCCAGUAUACCAGUCUCCGAGGUCCAUUUCGACCCAUGCCUAGUGCCCUCUGAAAAAGGUAUCCCAUCUGGCCUGGUUGCAAAGGCAGAGAUGGCUAGGAUCGAAGAGACCGUCUAUUUGGAGAUAUACGCUGUCCACGUGCAGGGGAAAAGUGAGGAUCAGGUUCGAGAAUUCGCUGCAAUGAUCUUCUCAAGACUCCAAGCGUGUCUGACCGAGUCGGGAGUUGACAUGGAGAAGAUUCAGAAUUCUUCUGAGGGCUCCGUCUCGCAUCUCCAAUUAGUAAUCAGAUAUCUGUCUCACCAUCCCGAUCCGAUGUUUCAACGGGCCCUUGAGGUUGCUAGGAUGUGUUUGAAACUGUUGUUACGCCUGUGGCAUUCCCCGCCGGAUCAAGGGAGUCAGGCUAUUUUCUCAUUUUUUCUCGCCUCACUUCCAUCACUAUAUCUUUAUGAAGUAUUGUCCUCCAUUCUUUGCGGUCAGGGGUCUCAUUGUGACAUCAACAUGCUUCAAGAAUUCAUUGAGAUGCUGCAUACCAUUACCGACUCCCGGGCAGAGGCGUCAUACAAUCGACGGCUAUACCAGCUGUCCCUCAUUGUCACCGAUGUGAUAAAAGCCAGGGAGACUCAGCAUAAACGGCAGAAGCCGACCUCACAAGACUCGACAAAUUCGUAUUUGAUGUCAGAACUACUCUCGCCCCCAACAAGCGGUUAUAACUACAUGAAUUCAGAGGUUCCAGAAACCUUUGAUUCACGCUUCCACGGUGCGAUUUUCCCAGAUCCAGAUAGUUCCUUUGCCUCCAUGAGCCCAAUCACUUCGUCAAGCGGUGAGUUGGCCCGAGGCCCCGAGGAGCUUUUGCCGCAAUUGAGGAGCUACGCCAAGAUGACUCCCGGGGACGAAAGCUUUAAUCCUCUGGCCAUGGAAGCCUUGGGAGAGUCUGUUCAUUUCUGGAAGGGCGUCCAUUAGGGUGCCAGGAUUAAUACGAUGUCAGUCCGGUGCGACUUUGGGGAGAGAACUGAAACUCUAUAUAAAAACAAAUGCUUUGCCGUUCGAAAAGACUUUGUAGGCGCCAAGGACAGCUGGAAGCGAAGGGAUGCUAAACGACCACCAAUACA